AUUGCUCUCUUCUUCGAAAAGCUAAAGCCUUUUCGUAGUUUCUUCAAGUUUCUGCAGUGGGUUUUCACGGUUUUGUAAAUUUGUGAUUCUGGGUUAGUAAGAGAGUGGUGUAUAAUUCAUGGAUUCGGAUCAAGGAAAGCUUUUUGUCGGUGGUGUUUCAUGGGAAACUGAUGAAGAUAAGCUAAGAGAACAUUUCAGUAACUAUGGAGAGGUUUCGCAAGCUAUUGUGAUGAGAGACAAGCUCACAGGUAGACCUAGGGGUUUUGGGUUUGUUAUCUUCUCGGAUCCUUCUGUGCUCGAUAGGGUUCUUCAAGACAAACACAACAUUGAUACUAGAGAGGUGGAUGUGAAGAGAGCCAUGUCAAGAGAGGAGCAGCAAGUCUCUGGAAGAACUGGGAACCUUAAUACAUCUAGAAGUUCUGGAGGUGACUCUUUCAAUAAAACCAAGAAGAUCUUUGUUGGAGGCUUGCCACCUACUUUGACAGAUGAAGAGUUUCGUCAGUAUUUUGAAGUUUAUGGUCCUGUGACUGAUGUUGCAAUCAUGUAUGACCAGGCUACUAACCGUCCUCGUGGGUUUGGAUUUGUUUCCUUCGACUCUGAAGAUGCGGUAGACCGUGUGUUGCACAAGACUUUCCAUGAUUUGAGUGGUAAGCAAGUUGAAGUUAAGCGUGCUCUUCCUAAAGAUGCCAAUCCUGGAGGUGGACGAUCAAUGGGUGGUGGUGGCUCUGGUGGUUACCAGGGUUAUGGUAGUCAUGAAAGUAAUUAUGAUGGACGUGUGGAUUCCAAUAGGUUUAUGCAGCAUCAAAAUGUUGGAAAUGGUUUACCAUCUUAUGGUUCUUCUGGUUAUGGCGGUGGGUAUGGAAAUGGUAGUAAUGGUGCCGGGUACGGUGGCUAUGGAGGUUACACUGGUUCUGCUGGAGGUUAUGGCGCUGGUGCUACUGCUGCAUAUGGAGCAACGAACAUUCCAGGUGGCGGCUAUGGAAGUAGUUCUGGAGUUGCCCCGAGAAACUCGUGGGACACUCCAGCUCCUAGUGGUUAUGGGAACCCAGGCUAUGGGAGUGGUGCUGCUCAUAGUGGAUAUGGGGUUCCUGGUGCAGCUCCUCCUGCGCAGUCACCAUCUGGCUAUAGUAACCAAGGCUACGGAUAUGGAGGGUACAGUGGAAGUGAUUCUGCUUAUGGAAAUCAAGCUGCAUAUGGUGUGGUUGGAGGGCGUCCUAGUGGUGGUGGUUCAAACAACCCUGGUAGUGGUGGCUACGUGGGAGGGGGUUAUGGUGAUGGAUCUUGGCGAUCUGACCCUUCACAAGGUUAUGGUGGUGGGUACAAUGAUGGUCAGGGUCGACAAGGCCAGUAGUGACUAUUAAAGGGGAUUAUCACCACCCUGGUUUUUGGAUCCUUUUCAAGAAGAAUUUAGCUCAAAUCAAAGGUUCCUCGACUUCAUAACGGGUUGGACUGCUUGAAUCUCUUUAUAAGCAUGUGCUAUCUAUUACAAUAAGUCACUUCUAUUAAGUUAUUUUUCGGUUGAGUGUACUUUUGAGUUUUGGCAGAGUUAUUAUAACUACAGGCUUUGCUGUUUUCGUAUUAUGUUUGUCGUCCUAGUAUUCUUGCCGGAUUGGUUGUUUUUGAUUGUGUUAUCUUGGUUUUGGCCCUGAUGGAUAUAACUUAAGCAGGGAAUAAUGCUUCAUGGUACUUGAUUAAGAAAGCAGAUGGUGAGCA